CGUGCGGGGGUGUGUGUUCACACCCAAAGGCGUACAGGUGCCAAGGCGGACCCGAAAUGAAGCAGGCUGGGCUGCCUCUGGACCUUCCGCCAGACUUAGAAUCCACCCACCUCCCCUAGAACCAAACAGCAGCCUGGGGGUUGUUUCUGAACGGUACUGCCCAGUUCUUCUAUCCGCUUCAUCCACAGCGGCCAACAAGCCUGCUGCCUCCGCCAAAUCGGAACUGGAGCUGAAAUCAGGAUAAGGGGAAGGAGAAAACGUCUCCCUCGCGCUCCUCGUCUCCGCGGGGGUGCCCCCCCCCCGAGACCCCUCAAAGCCCAAGCUCUCCGCCGCGGGGCGCCUGCUCUCGUCCCAGCGUCGCGCGCCCCACCUCUCCCAAACCACGCGCCCCCUCGCCGCCGGCGAUGCUAGGGUUAAAAGUUACCUCUCGGUUUCUUCUGCCUGCAGCCCCCCCCCCCCGGGGGCCGGAUGAUGUAACCCCCCUCUCCGCUCCCUCCCCGCCCCCAUCCACCAUGUGACACUUUAAUUAAUAAUAGCUCCGUCAGCACAACAAACGCACUACACAAGGAGAAACUUGGUGUCCAGGGGAGGCCCCCGGCGGCUGGAGCGCAUCGGCGGCGGGCGCAGAGGCCGGAGGGAGAGGAGGCGAGGGGCGGCCGGAGCGCGCGGAGGGAGCGAGGCGAGCGGUCAUGUGCCCGUGCCCCCUGCACCGUGGCCGCGGCCCCCCGGCCGUGUGCGCCUGCAGCGCGGGCCGCCUGGGGCUGCGCUCGGCCGCCGCGCAGCUCACCGCCGCCCGGCUCAAGGCACUCGGCGACGAGCUGCACCAGCGCACCAUGUGGCGGCGCCGCGCGCGGAGCCGGAGGGCGCCGGCGCCCGGCGCGCUCCCCACCUACUGGCCCUGGCUGUGCGCGGCCGCGCAGGUGGCGGCGCUGGCGGCCUGGCUGCUCGGCAGGCGGAACUUGUAGGAACGCGGGGCUUCUUGGUGGGGCCGGAGCCGAGACCCAGCCGGAGCGAGCAACAGGUUGGUGAAAACCCUGUGUCCUUGGAGAAAGCUGGUUCCCGUUUUCCCGAGGGGGAGCCCAGAGCUUGAACGGCCGCGUCGGCACUUCGAGAAGGAAGUGGAGAACAAAGACGGCGCCCGUAGCAAUAGCAGAGACGGAACGGGACUGGGGAAGCCCUUUGGAAUUCCAACUGCAGAAGCAGACCCCGAUGCUAUUUACAUACAGCUCUAUAUAUAAAAAAGAGAAAUCGUGAAUAUUCCUUAUCAGUGCAUGCCUUGUUGAGGACACGGUCCCUCCCUUCCUGCACCUUGCCAGGGGAACUCUGACACUGUAAUGUCUGGGGCACUGGAGGAGAGGUGCCUGCUGUGUACCGAGACCAUCUGCAAAGACUGGUGGGAAUGAGCCACAGCGUCCACCAAUGCUCUGGGGAUAGAUGCUGAUGGAGGAAGAGGUACAACUGGAAAAGGCAAGGUAGAAAAAAAAUGUAGGAGGACUCGGGGCCUGUUGUGUAGGGGCAGUCUGGGACACUUCUGUUUCCCGACACGUCCUGACCUCUCUCUCUCUCCCCUCCAUCUGGAUAGAUGACUAGCUCCCGCUGUCGUAUCAGGAGAAACGGGACUUUUUUUUUUUUUUCCCACCCAUGUGGCAUCUCUGGUGCUUCACCCAUCUUGCUGGUGCUAAGUGUGGUCUCAUGGGCACUGCCUUGUUGUUCUGUGCACAGAGCUGGAAGCCAGGGCACGAGACAGAUGUCUAUUUUGCUGUUCCAGGAUGGGUUGCAAAAGUGCCACUUGCGAGUCUUCUCUUUCCCAGUGUGGGGACAAAGGAUCCAGGGUGGUUCUGGAGCAAACCUUGGGGUUGACGGGGUUGGGAGGGGGCGACACUGGGUGGCCUGCUGGCUACGAGGUGCAAAACUGACCUCCUGUGUGACUUGGCUGCUGGCUUCUCUGCCUCCCCCACCACUAUCCUGGGAGCCCAGCCCAUGGCCUCUCCCUACCCCCAGGGGAUUUCAGGGCCUUGGUUUUGUGGAUGAAAGGGACAAGACAUAGCCACAUUCUGGUUGAGGGUGAUUUAUAAGCAAGGGUCACUGGGGGAGGGGCAGGGGUCACUGACAUGAAAUGCACCAGCAUCUCACUGACUGACAGGUCUGAUUUUUUUUCCUUCCCAGGAGAAGCUACUAUUUUCAGAAGUUUCUAGAAGGGCUAAAAAAAAAAAAAAAAGAUUGUGCUGGACUGAGACUUGGCUGCAAAGACUCUUCAGGGAGCAGUGGGGCUUUGCUUUUGUUUCUUGGCCUUCAUUUUUUAAAAAACCCAACAAGAACUGGUAUUGCUCUUCUGUGUGGGCUACCACACACUGCAUUUUCACAGCUGAGAUGGCCGGGCGGCAGGUGGAGACAGUGAUGCUCCAGGUCACCAUCCAGGACCUAGGACAGGGGCAUCUGGCGGGCUGGGUGUCACCCCUGCCUCUGGUUCUAGAAGCCAGCAGCAGUAUCGGCAGUGGCAAAAGCUGCCUGGCGCUGAAAUGGGCAUUACUCGGCAUCCCCACUGCUGGAAGUCAGCGGGCCCUUCCCCACAUACAGCCCUGCAGGGCUGCAGCAUGCUGGGAGCUGGGGUCCUUUCUUUUUCUUUUUAAGUCCAUGCCUUGUGUUUCCCUAAAAGGCCCUUGAGAGAAAAAAUGCACCCCAGAAUGGUUGAAGGUAAGGGAACAAGAGUGCUUGUUUCUGGAAAACUUGUUUUUCCCUCCUGGCUCCAGCCCUGCCUGUCAGUAGAUGUUUGCAGGGGACCAGGAGACAGGCAGGGGUGUCAGAGAGUGGCAGGUCGUGACAGCCCCACCCCGCCGUGAGCGUCCUGCUUCCCUACAGGCACUCCCCUAGUCACAGUCAUCCCCAUUUUCUGGGUUGGGGGUCCUGUUGCUGCUGUUGUACACAAUCACAGUUUCCUGCUGGCCACCAAGACACAGAGGAAGGGGGGCGGGACUUGUUUCUCCAACCCUGAUUCGUCUUCUGCAAACAGCACUUCCCCUGCAGGACCUGGCCUCCAGAGGCUGGGGCUGGCAUUCCGGGUGACCCUGCCAGCACUGAAGCCACACGGCUGAGGGCCCUGGGCACCCAUGACCUCCCGGCGGGGGUGGGGGAGCCUCGCAGCCAAGUCCCUUGUACAUAGUCUCAUGAGUUGCUAGAAGCCGUGUAUUUACCAAAUCCUGGCCUUUUCUUGCACAUCAUUCAUUUGAGUGCACUUCUCGGCUGCCCCGAUUUUUGACAAGGGGUUGUUUUUAAUGGUUGUUUUUAUAUGAGAUUUGACUCCUUGAUGGACAUUUGUAUUAGGUCACAGGGGCAUGAUAGAUGUAUGUAUAUAUGGUCUCCACCACCUCUCGUUGCAUUACUUGGAUUGCAUGAGAUAGUGGGGUGGGUUGUAUUUGUUUUAUUAUUUUUUUUUUAAGAAAAACAUUUCCACACUGUGCAAAGUGCUGGCACCGCCCUUCCCUCCCUGCCCCCCUCCCCCUUUCUCUCCGGCUGCCAAGGAGCCAUUGAUUUUGAUUAGCUUCGCUGCAGAGCGUCUGUGAAGAGAGAGAGAGAGGGAGGGAGGCUUUGAAAUAAAUUUUAAAAAGACCUCAUAUCGGGUUUCAGCAGACAGCAGUGUGUGUGUGUGUGUGUGUGUGUGUCCCUGCAAAGCCAAGGGAGGACUCUGAGAUCAUCGGUUUGGGAGCUUGCUGCAUAAUGAGGUGGAGAGGCUGUUUGCCUCCGCCUUCCUGAUGGCACUGCUGGAGCUCAGAGGACAGGGAUUGGGAGCCACAGGGACUGGGACCCCCGGGACUACAACAUUCCAGUAAGAUCUGCUCCCUUCUGGAAGCUUCUCUUCACCCCAAACCCAUAAACCAAUACAGUCUGUUUUCAAAUGCGGGGUUUCACGUCCUAGUCCCUUUGUCAGAGAAGCAGCCCCAGUAACCCGGUAGCCCUACUGGCUGCUCUCCAUGGUCCUGAGCCACCAGUGUCUCCCAGAGCCCAGAUCCCUCUCCCUUGGCCCCCAGCCUUUCACUGGGAACCUGGAGACUUCUUUUCCACUUCUUUCAUUGGCCUCCUUUUGUUUCUUUUCAAUUUCAAUGGGGGUGGGGGCUGGAAAUAGCUGUCACCGAACAGGGAAGCUGUACUAUUUAUAUAGCUGAUCUCAUGUACUCCUAACUGGAUUCGUGUUUCCUGCCGGAACAAAUUAUCACACUCCCUGGCUGAGAAACCGGGGGAGUCCUCUCCCACCCCUCUCCUACACAAGUAUCGU